AUGGACAUCUCACCCCUUACCCAGCAGAGUAGACCCGAGUCCUUCAAACCUAAGAUUGUCCAGCUCUAUGAGAAUCUCUUCAAAACACCAGAUGAUGCAGACCCCUCGGAGGGCUUUUGGAGAGAACUCUUUUUGCUACCUCCAGACCGAAACCAACUACAUGCUAUCCUAGACCAUUUGAGCCCAGACGAUACAAUCGGUCUACAGAUUCAAACCCAGCGUUUCUUUGUCCGUGCCAUUCGUGAGGCAGCAGCUGGGGUCGUCCCGGCGGAUUCUUAUGCACUAGAUACAUUGACUGUUUUCUUGACAAGCAUUCUGAGCAAGAAAUACACAAAUCCAAGUUCGGAUGUCAUCACUGUUCUUGCAGGACUAGACGAGGUGGACCAUGUCAUUUCCGACUUCGUGGCCGUCUUGGAUAGAACCAUUCGAAAUGGCAGUAGCUUCGAUGUGCGGCUCAAGGCCAUCAAGACUGCCAUUGCCAUGACCAGCGGCGCAUACAAAACUAGCCUGGUCUCCUAUUUCACACACCGGGAUCUUUUCCCAUCGCUUAUGAAGUAUGUCUCUGAUUCCGAUACCCCGCUGCAAGUGUUCGAUCCAUUCCUCCUUCUGGGGCUAUUGGCAAACUACAACAAGUUUGAAUUCCAAAAUCCCUACCAGCUUCGACUUGAUGAUUUUGUGAACGAGUCAAAUAUUGAAAAAGUUGUCAAGGGUGUCGGUCUGGCAUGCAAUCGCCUGCGAAACGGCUACAUUGCUGUCCAGGAUGACAUUCCAGAGGGCUGGAGCUUGACCAACACAUUGAUUUUCUUUGGACUACGAGCCCUCGCCCCUGGCGCCAGGGACAAAGCGAACCCUCCUUCGGCGGAAGAAGCGAAGGCCAUGUUCGCUGAUCUUCCGGCACAAGAAGCCGCAAUUCUAAUGGCCACAUACGACUUCACAAACGCCAAUAAGCUCUUUGGUUAUCAUUUGGUUCAUCUGGAACCAGAAAGCAACGAGGCAGAGUCUCCUUUCUCGAGCUUCCUUUCAUUGUCCUCCUAUCUUCUCCAACAUGCAUAUCGAUCCCCGCGGGUCGGGCAAUAUGCCGAACUAAACUUGUUUACACUUCGCAUCCUAGUCGAAGAUCCAACCAUCUGCAAGCAAAUUUGCAGCGAAAAUGUCAAGCGUAAGGUCCGCAUCUGUCGACAGAAACAGCCCUACCUCCCCAUAGUCAGCGGAGACCGGGUCCUCGCAACCGUCAUCUUUGAUAUCGCCAUCGAUACUAUUACGCAUAACCUUCGCCGGCGCCUCGACGUCAACAUCUACAGCCACACAAUCGCAAUCACCCUCCGCCUCCUAACCUACCUCUCAAAGAACAAGAUCCGCCUCACCUACCACUGGUCCGAGCUCUGGCGGACUCUGCUCUCCCUUAUGCGCUUCCUAACAACCUACGCCUCCGAUCUAACCAGCAACCCCAAGAUCCAAACACUCACGACCUCCCUCGCAGACCUAAUCGCGUUCUGCGUCUCGGGCGGCGACACCUUCCUCCCAGACCCAGCCUCCUACGACGACCUCUUCUACAAGCUCGUCGAAACAGGCCCCAUCAUCUCCAAAUUCCGCAAUGCAUACGCAUUGUCCCGCUCCAAUAACGCAGUAACAGGUGUUUCAGCCUCCAAAUCACCUGAUGCAAUCUCCCAAAACGAGCGGCAUUCAGCAGCCAUCGACACCCUCCAAUCUGUAUCUACUCACUUCUACACCCUCCUCUUCCAUUCGGAGGGCGCGGACGCCGCUUCUGUUACUGCUGCUGCUAGUCCCAAGCCUGAUGAGCCUGGGCCGGUGGCGUUGCCGUCGAUUAGGAAGAAGAAUCUCUCCCCGCGUGAGGUCCACCGUAUCAUUAAGCAGGGUUAUGAUACUUUGAGUAUUCAGCCGCCUGAGGGUUUGAGUGCUUGGGCUAAGUGGCGUGAGGCGGAGUGGAAGAGUGAGUUGAAACGUGCGGCACGGUGCGCUGUUGAUGAUGCUAGGCAACUGGUUGCUUAG